UUCCUGGAACCGCGGCCCGAAACACCGCAGCUGCCCCCUCCCUCCCGGGCUGCGCGGUGGGCCGACGCGCCUCGCGCCGCGGCCGCGCCAGUCUCGGCCGCUGCACUCGUCAGUCAAGGCGUGCGUCGCGUUCCCAUCUCGAACCCGCAGAGCCCGGACAAAACUGAAAAUUCUCCACCCCGCGUUUUACCCCUUCCUCGCCGCCCUCUCCGCGGACCUGGGCGCGCCCCCGGCCUCAACCCCGAGAGCGAUGUCCAACAAGAGCUUCACCGACCAGGAGGACGCCUGGCUCUGUCAGCUCAUCUCCACCAACCCGGCGCUCUACGACUCCAAGCUCGCCGAGUACAAGAACCGCACCAUCAGGGACAAGACCUGGGAGGAGAUCGGCAAGACCCUCUACCGAAGUGCCGAGGAAUGUAAAAAACGAUGGAAAACCAUAAGGGACACAUACAUGCGGCACAAAAAACGGGUCGCAACUGGAGCGGCCAGAAAUGUCAAAGUGCCCAAAUGGGCGUUGCAAGAUGCCGUGUCGUUUUUGGAAACCAUCGACUAUAAACGGAAGUCGCGCAUUGCCUCGGAUGAAGACAACACUGCAGAUGGUCAGCCUCCAACUGACUGCACUGUGCUUGGAAAUUACCUCCAGCAAGGCCUACACCGCAUCUCCAACAAUCAGAUCCUUGCUGCACAUGGCCAUUUUCCAAUUGACGCGCACAAUAUGUCUACCACUUCACCCCAACUGAGAUGCAAAAUCGACAACAAGAACAAUACUGACUUGCUCGUUAAUCUGUCAACGCACCGUGGAGAAGAAGACCAGUCUUAUUACAAACAGUCACACGAGCCUCCGGAGCAUAUUAUCGAUAGUUUUUUCCGGACUGUUGCGUCUACUGUUAAAUCGUUCAAUCCCAGGCUUCAAAUAGAAGCCAAAAACCAGAUCUUCAAGAUAGUUUCGACACUAGAAAUGAAGAACAUGCUUUAUGAUGAAGGAUCGUCAAUGAUUCAUGAAAAUUGAGAAAGAUCUCACAAUUGAAUUUAAGAAAAAAGUGGAUGAUAAGUUUUUACAAUUACCAAAAUUUUCUUUCAGUCAGAAUCAAAGUUAAUCACCUUAUCUCUUUUGCAUUAGUUUCAUUGAAAGUUUUGCUGCAUCGUUGAAAAUGUGCCUAGACAAAAACUUCCCCUCUCGGAAGCAGUUCAAGACGGUACGUAAGUUAGGCUUGCUUCAAAAUAAAUUGGAACAUAUUGAUCUCAAAUCCAUGAACAUUUUCUAGCUCAAACAAUCUCUGUCAAGUCACCCAUAAAAAGCGUUAUUAAAAUGAACAUGUGUCAAACAUUAGUGCAGAGCAUGCAAAUGUGCAAGUUGUCAACCCACUUUUUUCUGUUAUUCAAUGACCCUUGUGAUACAACUUUAUCUGCUAAUCCAGUAAAGUUAUUUUUGAGAACCUCCUUGUGUAAAAUUCAACCGAUAAUAUGCUUUUAUUUGUUUGCUUCUCAUGGAAGAUUUUAGUAGCUAGAGCAGAACCAUUUAGCUUCUUUUCAUCAAAAGUAAGAAAUAAUUUUUAGAUCACCAUUAGAUUUGACCUUUUUUCACUUAAUGUGCUAAUGCCUAUUUGCAUCAGUGAGUACCAUGUACCCACUUGCUUAUUAGGGAUUAUUUUUUCAAGAGAUGCGCGGUUGAGACAAAUCUCUGUGGAAACUGCAUUUGGAAUUAAACCAUCCAAGGAAAAAAAGAAAAUUGUAAGCCUCUCCCUCUCUCAAUCUCCAUUCUAAGUGAAUGAAUUCGAUAAUAUUUCAAUAUAUUUUUUCUGAGACAGUCUAAUAAGAAGACCUCUCAUGUGGGUUCAUGGGAUACACGCUGUGCCGUACUUAUUUUUUUGGUAAAGUAAAGGAAAGAGCUGGUUUUCAUAUGAUUGUUAGUAAUGCCACCCUGACAUACUAUCCUCUGUGAUAAUUUCCAAUACUUCAUGUUGAAUCUGCACCAUGGAGGUGUUUGGAAAUGCACCCACCACACCCAUACUUCUCAAUUGAGUACAAAAUUUCUAAAAUCAAAGGCCUAGGAGAAGAAUGAAACAGACAAUCAAGUUUGCUUUAUUUUCUGGAGGUGUGAGUUACCUUUUUUCUUUUUCACAUUUCAUCCCUCUAAUCUUUUUGUUUAUUUUAAAUACGUGAAUUAAUGACACUGCAACAAAUCAAGUCUCGUUCUGUCCUAGGAAAAACUUUACUAUUUGCCAUUCUCUUUCUCCGAAUAUAUACUUGGAUGGAUCCAAAUUCCUGGUUGCAAAAUUAAAGCGCUCUGUUUAUUUAAUGAAUAGUAUCCCUAAAAAGUUUGUAAAAUUGGAUCGCACAUGCCCCAAUUUUAAGAAAUAAGGCAAAAAUUUUGCUUGCUCUAGUAAUCAUGACAUUUUUUGUUGUUUUUGGCGGAGUGUGAAGUGAACCUAAGUAACCCUUCUUACUUAUGUUACCCUUAGAGUUAAAUAUUGGUCGUAAAAAUUAGUGUCUUCUACCAACAUUGUUGUGAAGUUUUUUCGAACUGAAGCUCUGAAGGAAAAUGCAAUUCUGGUUUCAAUUCUUAACAGGCCAUUAGACAAAGUUUGAAUUUCAUGUAGAAAUAACUGGCACACGUUUUCUCCUCAAAAUUUACAUCGUAAGCGAUUCAUACAAUAGAAAGUUUUGAAGUCAACUCUUGCACGAGAUACUAACAAGAAUUUUUUAUGGAGAUCAAAUGGAAGUUAGAUUAUACAAAUGAUGCCAUUUGUAUUCAUGCCAUUUAAUCAGUGGUAAUUCCAAACUUUCAUAUCUUGUUUAAAAGUUGAUACUCAGACUUUCCGUUGUAUAAUUUGUUUUCUGCGUAAGAUUUUGAAAAGAAUAAUUGCUACAAAAUUCUUUAAUCCACAUCUUGUCUAGAGGCCCAUUCUAAUUUAAUUUUUCAUGAAGUGAAAACAUAUGUAUUUGUUUUUGAUAAUGAAGGUUUGGCACAGUUUUAACUUCCCAUAGCCAUUAAAACUUGCCUGAAAGAUGCCAUUUAUGUAUUUGAUACACCUAUGGUUGUAAUACUUUUUGGAAGGUCUUCAAACAAGUUAUUCACAAUUUAUUUUCGUUUGAAGAGUUUGAGUUUUAUUUGGUCAGUUUAAUGUUUCCAGAAUGCUCAAUCACUAUCCAUCCUUCAAAUAUCAUCUCCUUUGAAAACGUUCUCGUAUGUUCUUUGCCUGGUUGAAUAUAAUUUUAAAACCUGCUCUAAACCUGCAUCAUUACUGUCUUAUCACCCCAGUUUGAAAUAUGUACAGUUUCAUGAGCUGGUGGUUAUGAAUGUUUUGUCCGAAGUUUUUACUUGGAUGUCAGCUGUGAAGUAAUUUAACACUCAGGGCCCUUCUAUGUUUUUCAUUGUUUUUGAAGCCUUACAUUUGUUUUCUUAAUAUUUUUCUCCACCUGUAUAAACUGUACAUUAUUACAAUAUUUGGGUCUCGUCCAAAACCAAAAUUUUACU